AUGACAGUUGUUUGCGUAUCACCUAUCACACUCACUGUUCAACAGGGAGUUCAGACUAUCAAGCCUGUAGCUCAAUGCUCUAGUACAUCAUCGCUUACAAGAAAAGUAAGAUUCAAUGAGCUGGUGCGAAUGCGUCGAACCGCAUUCCCGCCCCGAACUAUUCAUGAACACUUUCAAGCCAUUUGGUUCACACAAAAGGAAAUAAUUGAAAGGAUCCGAAAGGACAAGAGACUACGACAUGUCAUCGCCCGACAACCUGAAAAAUUUGGCAUGAAGAAGAGUAGUGUUGCGCUCUUGAGUCUUGGUUUGUACACUGAUAUUGAACGUCUACAACGCAGCAAACGAAUUUCGGCCGCUCGUGCUUCUAUCCUUUCCAAAAAUAAUUCGAUCGAUAUGGACAGCGAAAGCGACUCGGAUGAUUCAUCCAACAGCCUCAGCACAAGUUAUGCCAUUUGCUCGGAAGCUGCCGCCGUUCAGGCUCAUGAGCGUGCACUUCGGCAUUAUAAGUAUGUCCAAACCAUGGACAAUACUGAAGACGACGCAUCUGAAGGUGACAUGAGCCAAAUGGUCCUUGCCGCUGGCAAAGCUGCUCCACAAGAAGACUUGCCAAGAGUCCUGGACAUUUCAAAUCACAACCCGCCCCACUUGGUGCCCACCAAGAAGUUUCCAUGUAGCACGGUUUUGUAG